AACGAGCAGCAUCAACAAACAGCAGCGUGCGCAUGCGCCUUACACAAACAACAAAUAGAAAAGAAAUCUGAAAAUUGAAAAGAAACAAGAGAGGAAGUAACUGAACUAGAAAAAAAGAUACUUGUGCUGUUUUCAGUGUUGGUGAACGUGCAUAGUAACACAUAAAAACAUAUCAAAUUAAUCGAAGUAUUAAAACGGAUUAUAACAACACAGACAUGGCUGUAUCGGCACUUAAUAUGACACCCUAUUAUGCUGGAUAUCCCUUUCAAGGACAAGGACGCGUCAAUCAGCUUGGCGGCGUCUUCAUCAACGGUCGUCCUUUGCCCAAUCACAUUCGCCGCCAAAUUGUAGAAAUGGCCGCCGCUGGAGUGCGUCCUUGCGUCAUCUCCAGGCAGUUACGCGUCUCGCAUGGCUGUGUAUCGAAGAUCCUCAAUCGUUUCCAGGAGACGGGGUCCAUUCGUCCGGGCGUCAUCGGCGGCAGCAAGCCACGUGUUGCCACGCCCGAUAUCGAGGCACGGAUCGAGGAGCUGAAGCAAUCACAGCCAGGCAUCUUUAGCUGGGAAAUCCGCGCUAAGCUCAUCGAGGCUGGCGUCUGUGACAAACAGAAUGCGCCUUCAGUCAGCUCCAUUUCACGCUUGCUGCGCACCACCUCGGGCUCCGGCUCUGGCAACGGUACUGGCUCUCACAGCAUCGAUGGAAUCUUGGGCGGCGGCAGUGCUUGUUCCGCUGGCAGCGAAGAUGAGAGCGAGGAUGACACCGAGCCCAGCGUUCAGUUGAAGCGCAAACAGCGUCGCUCCCGCACUACCUUCUCGAAUGAUCAAAUUGAUGCACUGGAACGCAUCUUUGCGCGCACUCAAUACCCCGACGUAUACACCCGCGAGGAGCUGGCCCAGGGCACAGGUCUUACCGAGGCUCGUGUCCAGGUGUGGUUCUCUAAUCGUCGUGCUCGCCUGCGCAAGCAGCUCAACACUCAGCAAGUGCCCAGCUUUGGCAGCAACUCCACAGCUGCUUCGUAUGGCUCAAGUGCUGCUGCUGCCACCAACAUGGGCAUGGGUCUGUACAGCACCCAAUCGUGGUCGGCUAGUGGAGCUAGCUAUGAGACAAAUGCCGGUUAUGGCGGCUCGGUUGCUUCUAUGUCGCCCGCCAGCAGCAGUAGCAGCUCUGCCGCCCACAGCCCAGUCCAGAGCCAGUCCCUGCCACAAACACAGACCAGCAGCGGCAACAGCUUCAUGAACUCCGCCUACAACAUGAGCACAGCUAGUGCGGGCUACGCAGCCACUGCUGGCGCCUCCACUUAUUCUAUGCCCACAACAGCCGCCAGCUCGGCUGAGCAGCUGCGCUCACAGUUUGCCUCUGCCGCUGCGUCUGGAUCGCAUCAUCCUUCGUCCUGGGACAGUUACAACUUUGCCGGAUCCUUCUUCCCCAGUGCUAAUGCAAAUCAUAUGGGAGGCUAUCAUCAGUCGGUCGCUCCCGAGCCCAAGAGCUCCAUGAUGGCAGCUGGAGCAGCCUAUCCCUACUUUGGCUUUUAAGGGAUCUCCCUUACCUCCAGCACUUGCUCCAGUUUCCCAGUCGAAAGCUUCACUGCUCUACUAGCUGGGUCCACUCUCUAAUCAGUGCCUGUUUCUAUGCUGAUCCUUAACUAUUUAAAGGGUUUUAGUUCAGAGCUUAAGACUGUUUAUAUUAAGUUUAAC